UCCGGUAUUGAACGUGACUGUACCAACGGACGCUACGGGAGUCCGCAGCCGGCAUAGGUUCAGUUGGCAGCAGUACGCACAACGAGAAGCACGACCAUGGCUGAUAUUUCGAACGAAGAACUUCGCAAGGAGAUCACCGCUAUCCUUAAGGAUGCGGACCUUACUACUAUGUCUGCUAAGAAAGUGAGGCUACAAAUUGAAGGGAAACUCGACAUAGAUCUCACAGAAAGGAAAAAGGAAGUAGACAGUUUAGUCAUGGAGUGUUUACACGAGAAGCAAGAUGGUGCAAAGAAGAAGAAGAAGACUGCCAGCGAGGAAUCCGAAGAUGGAGAGGAAGAGGAAGAGGAAGGAUCGGAGGAGGAGGAAGAGGAGGAAGAGAAAAAGCCCACUAAGAGGAGUCCCGCAAAGAAAGCAGUGAACAAACGUAAGGGAUCCUCAGACGACGAAGAAAGUGCUAGCGAUGACGAUGCCAGCGACGAGGAGUAUAGCCCAAAGAAGCCAAAAAUUACACCCAAGAAAAGUAAGCCUGGGAAAAAGGGAAAGAAGAAGGGUAGCGACAGCGAUAGCGACGAAGAUUGGGGUAAAAACAAGAAAGGUCAAGGAGGCGGUGGAGCAAAGAAGGGUGGUGGUGGUGGUAAAGGUAAGGGUGGCUACACUCGUGCUAUCACAUUGUCUCCCGAACUCGCAGCUGUGGUUGGUGCUGAGCAGAUGGCUCGGCACGAAGUCGUGAAGAAAGUCUGGAGUAUUAUCAAAGAAAGAAAUCUGUAUGAUCCUAAGAAUAAGCAGUUCGCAAUCUGCGACGACGAAUUAAUGAAAGUAAUUGGAGUAAAACGUUUCAGAACUUUUGGUAUGAUGAAGUACCUCAAAAAUCACUUUGUAGAUUAAAUCAUCCCUGAAACCACGGUCUCUGACAGGUUAUAAACAUUGUAUAACAUAUUCCAAGGUGCAAAGUGCAUCUCUCCAUCUUUCUCACACAAUACAUACAUAAAUACAUAUACAUACAAACACACGAACAUGUUUCUUGCGACUUAAGACGUUAGCCAUGUUUACACCAUUCCGAUAUACUCUGUUGUCCAUGGUAGCUGCUUUGUCCCAUUAAACGUUUGCAAUGUAGCACUUUAAUUUAUGGGCAUUAUUAAAACAAACGGCUCGUUAACAUUGUCAAUAACAGCCUCGGCAUAAUGCGUAUGCAAAUGAUGACCCACAAGUAGGAAUCCGUGUAGAUUCGGUCAACAUCGACAUGAAAAGGUAGAGCCGAUACCAUGGACCUUUGGAUGAUUUCGAAAUGUGGAAGACAUUAAAAUGGCCGAUAGUCAAUAAGCUGGUUUUAAGUCAACAUAUUAAGAAUUAACGUUUUAUCGUUUGCCUCGUGGUUCUCGUAAAUAGCCCUUUUCACCGAGUAUGAAAAUACAGUGUGCCAUAGUGGCAGUAAAAAAUUUGAGCAGCAAAAAGCGCUUGAAAUUAUUUUAAAGUGGCUUAUUCUUCCCCGCCCUCCCCCUUUAAUUUUUUUUUUUUUUUUUUAUUUUAUUAUGUGAUAAUUUGAAGGAAUAAGAUAAUUGUAAACUGUCGAAUACGAAUAUUUUCGAGGUUAAUGUAUUUAUUUUGUAUUUGUUCGAAAACUUAAUUUUGUCGGAUUGCAAACUGCCGCCCAAGUAUCACACAAUAUUUUCAUUCAUUCUUAUUCUAACGCGAAUUACUUUUCGAUAAUGGAUGUAAUAGAGAGAGAGAAAGACACACGAUUUUGUCAACAAAUGAGAGAAAAAACUAUGUGGUAAAGUUGGCGAAAGUGCGGUAAAAAAGUAAAAAAAAAGACGAUGCGAAAAAAUCAACAUCCUGUACCUCUUCUGUAUAAUAGCUACAUUAUACACUGAAAUUAUUACUAAGCGAAAUUUAAUUGUAUUAACGUGUAAUUACUAAUUAUUGUCGUAAUAUAGGUUUCUUGGUGUAAAAAAUUGACCUAACUCUUAAGAUGUAAUGGUAUCCAGUGAAGGUACGAUGUAUGCAUAUUCAAAAUCACAGUAUGUGCUGCACUGCGCGAUAUUGAAAUAUAGAAAAUAGAUUCACGGCGCGAGGUACGAAAUUAAUUCUGGAUAAGGAUAUCCAUAUCUCGAUGUAUGGGAAAUUCCUUAUAUUUUGAAUAUAAAUUAAUGAACGAUGGCCUAAAUUGAUUAGGGCCACGGAGGAAGAAAUCAAUGGAAACAUUUGACGAUAACGAAAAGAAACAUAAAGGUACAGAUUAAAAAACGAAACGUAUGUACACAGUAUGACAAUUAUAAUAUCAGUUUGUUUUCUAAAGGAAAGGAAGUGCGGUUUGUGCCCUGAUAUUUCGUGAAUGUAUUUGAGAACAUCAUUAAAAGAUACUGCUUUCAUUUUUUUUAACGGU